GCCCCCACACAGCUUCUGACGCUACACCGCGUGGAUCCGUCUGUGGGUGAAUGACCACAAGACCAACGGAAGAAUGGCUCUACCUCUGAGGAAUACGUCGGUCAAUCAGACAAGUUAAUGGUUUUGGUAUUCGGCACUCAUGUUUGGAUAUCUCAAUUUAAGGGAUCAACUGCUUCCUUCUCGCGUGUCUCCAGCUUGUUAAUUAAGUCCUUUCGCGGAGGUUUGUCCAUGCAAAUCUUUUGUCUGCAAAGAAGGAAAGAGCCAUCAGGUUGAGCGGACCCUGGUCGUCCGCUGUCUUUUGGAAGGGAAGUAACGCUUUCUUUUUAGUCUCGCUUGGAACAUUUCUACAGGACCGGGAAUGUCUUCGGCACGGGUAGAUUACAUCGCACCGUGGUGGACAUACUGGCUGCACAAUUUCCCUCAUAUCAAUUUGAGGUUUCAGCCCGUGGAGCACACGUUCCUGCCGGAGGACGCGAAUUAUCAGCAGACGCUGAUCUUCCUGGCGUGCGUGGCGGCCGCCGGGCUGGGCCUCAACCUGCUGGGCCUGGCCAUCUACCUCAGCUGCCUGUGCUGCUGUCGCCGCGGCGACGAGGAGGAGGACGAGAGCAAGAAGCCCAACUCCUGCUGCGUCACCUGGUCCGCCGUCGCCGCCGGCCUCAUCUGCUGCGUCGCCGUGGGAGUGGGUUUCUAUGGUAACAGUGAGACCAACGACGGCGUGUACCAGCUCACCUACUCCCUCUACAAUGCCAACCACACGCUGGCCGGGGUGGACAGCCUGGUGGCAGGCACCAUGGGCAGCAUGGAGACGGGCCUGACGCAGCACCUGGCGCGGCUGGACGAGAUCUUCGCGGCGCGCGGAGACUUUGUGCAGACGCUGCAGUUCAUGAAUCAGAUGGCAGACAGCAUCAUCAAGCAGCUGCUGGGCCUGCCGGACUGGGAGCAGCUCAACAUAGACCUGGCUGAGCUAGCCACCGAGACGGCACGCAUAGAACACUACAGAUGGCUGACAUACCUGCUGAUCCUCAUCCUGGACCUGGUCAUCUGCCUGGUGGCCUGCCUCGGCCUGGCCAAACAGUCCCGCUGGCUGCUCACCACGAUGAUGGUGUUUGGGGUGCUGACUCUCAUCCUGAGCUGGGCCUCGCUGGGAGCCGACAUCGCUGCUGCUGUGGGUACAAGUGACUUCUGUGUGGUGCCAGAUAAGGUCAUCAUGAACCAGACCAGGGAAUUUAUCAACUCGGAUAUUGUGCAUUACUACAUAUACUGCAGUCAGACUAUUACCAACCCCUUUCAACAGACGCUGACGGUCUUCCAGAGGUCUCUGACCACCAUGCAGAUUCAGAUCCAGGGGCUGCUGCAGUUUGCCGUGCCUCUCUUCCCCACAGCAGAGAGGGAUCUGAUGAGUAUCCAGCGGCUGCUAAACACCUCGGAGGCCAGUCUCCACCAGCUCACCGCCCUGCUGGACUGCAGGGGACUCAACAAGGACUACCUGGAUGCCCUGAUGGGUGUGUGUUAUGACGGUGUGGAGGGGCUGCUGUAUCUCUGCCUCUUCUCCGUGCUGGCCUCUGUGGCGUUCACCGUCAUGCUGUGCGCCAUCCCACGAGCCUGGAGGACCAUCGCCAACAGGGAGCGCGACUAUGACGACAUAGACGAGGGCGACCCCUUCAACCCCUCGUCGACACGGCGCGCCACAGGCCACGCCUCUUCCUCGGGCGCCCAUGGCAACAUGCACAGCUUCUGUAGCUACAGCGACAGCAUGGGCAGCCAGACCAGCCUACACGCGCCCCCCGCCGCACAGGCGCUUAGCAACGCCCCCGUCUCAGAAUACAUGAACCAGACAGCGUUGUUUGGCGGUAACCCUCGCUAUGAGAACGUUCCCCUGAUUGGUCGAGGCUCACCUCCCCCCUCGUACUCACCGACGAUGAGGGCCACCUACCUGUCCAUGACUGAGGACCAGCUGCGACACUUUGGGAACGAUUUCCAAGCGUAGACGACGCCCCAGAGUCUUAUGGCGUCACUGUAUUUUAUCGCUGUUCCUGAAAGUGAAAGUUUUAUAUACAGUCAGCACAAACACAUGCGGCCAAU